AUGACGUCGAUUACAAGGCGUGCAAAAAAAUUAGCUGUUACAUCACAAAAACGUGUACAUUUUGAUGAUGAAAAAAUGGAUGUUGAUAGUGAUGAAGAUGAAGAUGAUACACCCAGGGAACAAUUUCGAAAAAUUUUCAUUCAUCAUACUAUCCAUGUGUAUGAUUAUAAUCGAUUUUCAAUCGAUUUUAAUCCGAUUUCUACCCUAAAUUUUUCUGCAUGGGAUAAUACUGAUUCACAGCUUGUUGUAGAUCCAUCACCAGCACUUUUUCCUCAUUCAGGUGCUAUUGGUAUUGAAACGACGCCAGUAGCUUUUACUGGCAGAACUAUUGAACGAGAGGGAAUAACUACAACUAUAGUUGAACCUCCAAAACGUGUAUCAAAAUUUAAAGCUUCUCGUCAUCAACAAUAA